AAACUUUACUGAGGAAGCACUUUUUACAGAUAGUCGCCUUGUGCUUCAAGAAAAUGAAAAUACCUACCUAGUUUUUUCAGUUUUCAGAAUUCGUACGCAAGCUAUCUAGCUAUUUAUUUGACUUGAAUUUCGUAAAAAAAUUUCGCUCGUUUAUAUUUUCAUCAAGUACCUACUUUAUUUACACCGGUGAAUAAUCCUUUUCUUUAUUGAUUUACUUAAUCCCUAUUCUCAAGAUGUCGUCCGAAGUGCAAAACUUUUUUUCCUCCAAAACGAUAUUUAUCACCGGAGCAACUGGCUUCCAAGGACAAAUGUUGCUUUCAAAAUUGCUGUGCUCGUGUCCAGAAAUACGUUGUAUUUACCUAUUAAUCAGAGAAAAAGGAGGGAAACGCAUUAAUGAGAGGAUCAAAGAAAUAUUCGAUAGUUCGGUCUUCGAACGUGCUAAAGAUUUACACCCGGAUUAUGAAUCAAAAGUUAAAGCUAUACAGGGAGAUUGCUUCGAAAAUCAUCUUGGAAUUUCAGACCACGAUCGAGCUAUAAUUGAAAAUGAAGUCGAUAUUGUCUUUCACGUCGCUUCGAUUGUAAAUUACGACGCUCCAUUACGAAAAGCUGGUUAUGUCAAUGUCAGAUCCCUGGAUAUUUUAUUGGGCAUGGCGAAGAAAAUGACGAAAUUAAAGGCUUUUGUGUACGUUUCUACGGCAUAUUCGGCAUGCACGGAGACGAAAUUUAUUCAAGAAGAAUUCCACAAUCCGCCAGUGAAACCAAAAAAAUUAUUGUCAUUAAUAGACCAGCUAGAUGACACAAUUCUCACCGAAAUCACUCCAAGAUUAAUGAAAUCAAAUCCAGAUAUGUAUCUGUUUACAAAAUCAAUUGCCGAAGAUUUAUGUCGCGAGAAAGCUGCGGAAUUACCCAUAUGCAUUUUCAGACCAGCUGCAGUAUUACCUACUUACAAGGAGCCUGCUCCAGGAUGGAUAAAUAAUUCUUACGGUAUGGCUGGAGUUCUUCAAAACAAUGCGAUGGGUCUGACAAAAGUUAUAUGUGCUGAUAAAACUUGCAAAGCUAGCCUAGUUCCCGGAGAUUACAGUACAAAUGCGUUAAUUCUAUCUGCCUACCAUAUGAGUCGAUCCUGGGAAAGUAAAUCUGAAGAAUCCGAAUUCGAAGUACCCAUAAUUAAUUACAGCAACUGCGCCACCAAAUUCGGAGUUACGUGGGGAAAUUUUGUAAAGGAAUAUUCAAAAUCAGUGGAAAAAUACCCAUUUACAAAAAUGGUCAAUUUACCAAGUCUGAAUUUAGUCAAUAACUACUUACUGUACAGAUUUUUAGUCUUCAUUCAUAUAAUCAUACCCGAUAUAUAUGAUACGUUUUUCUUAAUUAUUCGUUCAAACUUCAGAUGGAAAAAGGUUUAUCGCGAAUCGCAAUAUUAUUUGAACGCCAUGAUCCCCAUCACCACGCAAGAAUUGACUGUAACGAAUCAUAAUAUCAGUGAAAUAUGGUCAUCUUUAUCUAAAAAGGAUAAAAAACUGUUCUAUUGCAACUUGGAUGACUUGAAUACGGAGCAGUAUUUCGAUGUUCUUACACGUGGGAUACGGUUGUAUUUAGCCAAGGAUAAAGAAACCACAGUGCAGAGAGCUCAACAAAGAAGAAAUGGAUUUCUUAUUGCGUAUUACGCUAUUGGUGCUGUACUUAGCCUUGUAGGAGUAGUUUUCUCAUGUUUAGUAGGAAGAAUUUUCAUCAACUUAUAUUUCAAUUAAUUCAACCCAAAAUGAUUUACUUUAGACGAUGUUGAUUUAUAUCAUUAUCUGUUAUUUGAAUGCCGGCACUUGUACUACUUUUAGUUUUUGUUACGAUUUUACAUGUAAUAAUUUUAAGUAAGUAAGGUAUUAUUUAAUAAAGUUAUUAGAAAA